AUGGACUCUUGCUAUGAGAGGUUCCGGAGGCUGAAUCCUCCUAUGUUUGAUGGUGGAGCUGAUUAUUUAGCUGCCGAGACUUGGAUUCGGGAAAUAGAAGAAAUGUUUGAUGCACUACAAUUUUCCGAAGAUGUCAAGAUCAGACUGGCGAUACCCAUGCUUAAAGGAAAUGCCAAGUUUUGGUGGACGGCCAUGAAAGCUACAUUCGAGGGUGAUGAUGAACAACUGACUUGGAAUGAAUUCAAGGAUAUAUUCUAUGAUCAGUACUUUCCUAAGUCAGUGAGGCUAUCAAAGGAGAAUGAGUUCCUAUCUUUGAGGCAGUCAGAGAACAUGACGGUGUUGGAAUAUGCCAACAAGUUCAAUGAAUUAGGCCGGUUCUGUCCUCGACUUAUGGAGGAUGAUCAAAGCAAGGCCAAUAGAUUCGAGCAAGGCUUGAGAUACGGGAUUCGAUCCCGGUUGUCAGUUCUAAUUUUUAAUAGUUACAGGAAUGUACUGGACAGAGCUCUGAAGGUUGAAGCUGAACUGAUUAGAUCAGAAAGAGAAAGAGGUGGCCAGAAGAAGCCUAGGAUAUCAGGGAAUCAGAUUAAACAACCAAGAGACUAUGAAGGCCCUUCAAAUAAGAAGAGAUUUGAAGCUUGUUACUACUGUGAUAAAUUUCAUGCUGGACCUUGUCUAAAGAAAGCAGGAGCCUGCUUCAUUUGUGGGCAGCCGGGGCACAUGGCACGUGACUGUCUGAAUAGAAAGGAGAAUGACUCUGGACCUGCCAGACCUGCUGAUCAAAGACAGAAGGGUGGUGCACGGGUUUUCGCACUAACACAGCAGGAUACUAGUGCCUGUGACGAAGUGGUGGCAGGUAUGAUUCCCAUUAAUACUAUAGAUGCUUAUGUAUUGUUUGAUUCUGGCUCUACUCAUUCCUUUAUAUCCUCCAAGUUUUCUACCUCUUUGAAUCGCAUACCUGAUAAGCUAGAUGAGCCACUAUAUGUUGCUACUCCUCUUAAGAAAACAGUAGUGGUUGAUUCUGUUUUUAAGAACCGCAUAAUUCAGAUAGGAGAUAGAGAAUUGAUAGCAGACUUGAUACAAUUAGAUAUACAUGACUUUGAUGUGAUUCUCGGGAUGAACUGGCUGUCCGAGUAUCAUGCUUGUUGGGGAGAAAACCCAAGUCAUUCCUCCUCAGAGGCGCUCGACUAG